GCGGUAAUGCACCAUAGUGGAUGCCAACCGCCAAUAAAUCGGAAAGAAGAAGAAGAAGAACUAGAACUACACGAUCCAAAAUGGGGGGCAUUGGAAAUUUCCUGAGAAACGCCUGGAAUAAGGAGCCCGUGGUGACGGCAGCCUGCGGCCUCGGCAUCGCAGCUCUGAUUCUGCCUCUGGUGAGUCCGUACACAAAAUACACCGUCAUGCUGAACAAAGCGACGCCGUACAGCUACCCAGUUCCUGUGCGGGAUGAUGGAAACAUGCCUGACGUCCCUGCUCACCCGUGUGACCCACAGGGCCCGAACCUGGACUGGCUGAAAAACAUGUAAAAGGAAAAAAAAAAAUCCAGCCCUGAACCUGUACAGAUAUUUCCGUGUCAGUGUGUUUCUCAAUCACCGUGUCUCAAUAAAUAUCCUUUGUUUAACACCA